UCAGAUCUGUGUAUGGUGUUUUGGCGAUGUGCUAGUGUGAGCAACAUAUCUUUCAUUUUAUUGAACAACUGCGAAAAAGAUAAGCAGAGUCAUCGACGAAAGAGACCAGCAAGACAACAAAAUCAUUCAAUGGAACGAGAACGAGAAGACCACAGUGCUCCAGGCACGGUGUCCCAUUUUUAACGGGCUACAGUGGGCUCAGUGGGCGCGACGGAUUUAGCGGCCGAGUGCGCUGGGGGACGGAGGACAAGUCCACUGGAGCACGGCGUGCCUUGCUGCUUCUUAGCGUUCUCGCUGGCCCCACCCCGGCUCGCUUUCUUCCCUUGCAUCCAUUUGGGCUGCGUCGUGGAGGCAUCGGUCACGCCCCCCUCUUUUUGGCUGGCUGGUUUGCAUACGCCCCCUUUUUUUUUUAGUUCUCUUUUUUUUCGCCGCCAGCCGGAUAGUGGUGCGCUGAAGCGGCGCCUUUCCUUAGCACUGGAGAGCUAUCUUUCUCUCUUACACGGCGCUGAGGAGGAGGUGGAGGAGGGGGGGCUUCUACCAAGUAAAACAGGUACGCAGCUACACCCCCCUUCUCCCGUUGUCUUGCUCCAAGUCGACUUGGGAAUUUCUUGUCGUCUUUCUCUUUCUCUUCUUCUUUUUCCUCUUCCUUUCUUCUUGUUAAACUUUCCUACUUGACUUCUCAUUUCGUCAAGUUUUCGUUUCCACGUGUACUGCUGCUACUGCUGCUGCCAUUCACGGACGCUGUUUGUGAGCAAGAAUCCAAACUGCUUGAAGCCAGCAUUGCGCUUUACCGAUUUACAUACACGCAAAUUCUCCGCUGCAAAGCUACGGCACGCGUCGACGUGCAGCUUCCACCAACCUCGCCAUCGCAAUACAACGGCGCAUCGCACAGCUCAACUCUGGUCUUGCUGCGGCUUCCUAUUGUCUUUGAGCUCGCCUAAGCGUCUACAAUCAAGGUAUUUUACUGUCUCGAGUCUACUCUAGACCUGCGCUCUCUCUCCUGUUCGGCCUCUGCCCGUAUUACUUUUACUUGUUCCUCCCUCGUCUAUCCGGCGCAUCCCCCCCUCCACGACGCCAUCGCUUUUUGCGACCAAGAAGAAUCCCAUCACGCACGCCCCUCCAACUGAAUCCCCCAUCUGUCACGCCGCCGACUUCUCCCUUUGCCAUACUGCUCUUUACUUUUGUCCGCCGCUUUAACCCUCGGACAACUCUUGGGGUACUUUGUUUCCCUUUGCUCCUCUCUUUUGCGCUCACACUUUUCCAUUGCCUUUUUGCUUUGUCGCACUCGCCCACACCCUGCGCGCCUCCUUGAGCUUGUCCAUCUGAUCGCUUUCUGCCACGGCCGCCGCUCCACGAUCCAAAAGGUAAAUAUGAUAACUUUUCCUUUUACGUCUUUGUUCCUGCGUCCUCUUUCUUUACACUUCCUCCUCGCCUUACUUCAGCACACCACCCUCCUUCCUCCAUCGCCCAUCGCCUACGCUCGUCCGGCUCUCCCGCUUCGCAUGGCCGCCACCACCACGCAGCAGCACCGCACCACCAGCAGCGCACUCUAGCUCCUAAGCUCCCACCGCCCUCAACGUCUGGCCACACCACCCUGGUGCCAUACCAGCAUCGUCUUCUACUAGCGCGGUUGCGCUUCGUCCAGUCUGCAGCGCCUGCGCAUCCCGAGAGUUUCUUCAUUUACACGUUCUCUUCAACCACAGCUUGCCGGCGUUCCUGCCGCGAGUGCUGUUGACGAGCUGCAUCCAUCCAUUCCGGCAAUGUACUCUGCUCGCCCGAGCGGCGCAGACGGUGCUACCAUCAAUCCGGCUGCCCUAACCUCACCGCUUCUUACAACUCGCGGUGUCAAACGCGCCAGGUCUCCCGAAUCACCCACCGAGACAGACACUGGUGCCUUUGAACGCCCGUUUGCGCAACUCAAACGAUCCAGAACAAUGAAGUCUGAAGGAAGCCCUCAAGGGCAACCAGCCAUCCCAGGCGUUGCUACGCUACCGCCUCCCCAAACACCGACAAACCAAGCUACACCUCUGCCGAGCCAAACUACGCCCGCCUACUCUGGAGGCCAACCUCCUAAAGCGACCCCAACCAAGUCGACCCUCAAGGCGCUCCCGACAGUCCGCGACCACACAACUGACCAACUGAAUCCCUCGGGCGAUGAAUAUAUACCUCGUGAAGUUGACGAGUUUGGUGAGAAGAAGGUGAUGCCUAAUGGCCAACUCCUGGGCGGCCGUCAGUACAGAUGCCGCACCUUUUUGGUUCCCAACCGAGGCGAUAAGCUCUUUAUGCUCGCCACCGAAUGCGCCAGAAACCUGAGUUACCGUGACUCGUACCUCCUCUUUAACAAGAACAGGUCGCUCUUCAAGAUUAUUGCCAGCCAGGCCGAGAAGGAUGAUCUUGUCCAGCAGGAGAUUCUCCCAUUUUCUUACAGAUCUCGCCAGAUUGCCAUCGUCACUGCUCGAUCCAUGUUCCGCCAGUUUGGAAGCCGCGUCAUUGACGGUGGUCGCCGUGUCCGUGAUGACUACUGGGAGACCAAGGCUCGUAAGCAGGGCUUUACUGAGAACGAUUUGGCUGGAGAGAAGCGCCCCGGAGCGGCCAAGGCUAGAGAAGCCGCCGAAGCGCAGAACAACCUGCUGCUUGGAAACCCCAACCCCGAGAUUGUGUACAACACUGCCCCAGGACCCUUCCCAGGCCCGCCGCAUUCUCAUCUUAUCCCAGAACUUAGUGAUAUUCGUCCCAGAGACUACAGCGGCAUCAUCAAGACCGGACCCCGCCAGGAGAUUACCGGACCAGCUUACCAGGACCAGAGCCGACCCUCCGCAAUUCCCGAGCUCAACUCGCAAGCCCAGCACGCUGCCGAGUACAACCGCUCCGUCACGCAGCAGCGCGACAUGCGCGGCGACUACUUGCAAGGUGUCUGGCGCCGCACCCACGAGCAGCCUCCUCUGCAUCUGAACCCGACGGACAGCACCAUCCCCACCAGCCGAGCUACCGGAUCGCCGCAUGCUGCCGUCAGUGGCAUGCCCCAGCCUCCGAUAGUCUCGUCGCAGAGCCCGCAGAUGAUGAUGACAGCCGCGCCAUACUCGCAGUCCAUCAACGCUCAAGGCACUCCUAUGAGAGCUGGAUCAACAGCUGGUAUCCCCGGCCAACCUGGCUACAACUACCAGUCUGGCCAGAUGUGGUCGCAGAGCCCCAGUGGCCCCGGCAGCGCCUACGGUAGCUACACUACUCAGUCGCAGCAUGCAUCCCAAUCUCCUGCUCCUCAGAUGCGCCAGGGCAGCGGCCAGAUGAACCCAAACAUGUCGCAGUUCCCUCCCAUGGGCGGCAUGCAGUACGGUGGCCAAAGCAUGUAUCCUGCUGACCAGACCCCGCGGCAGUACAUGCCUCAGGGAUCCCCUACGGGACAAGCCUGGUCCGGCCAGCACUCGCCGCCUCCUCCCCAGCAGCAACAACAGCAACAGCAGCAGUGGUGGGCUCAGCAGCAGCAGCCUCAGUAAUGUCAUUCUCACGGCCGUCUAGCGAAACGACUGCCCUGCUCAUUCCCGGUGGCUGGUCCACCUUGGCACGGCGUCAUUCUAGUUUUCCUUGCGUUUGAUGUUUGGCUUCUGAUGAGACCGUUACGACAAAAAGCGUAUUUUAUUGCUCUAUACCUUGGUUUCUCUCUCGUCUUGCUGGCCUGCUUGCUCUCUGUGUGCUUUGUUUGUUCCUCUCCUAUAUCUUGGAUACCCCCUUUUGUCUAUGCACUGCUGAUUCAUGGUUUAUCUUUUUUCUCCUUCCUCUUGAUUGUUCUCUUGUCUUUUGGCGGAGACACGAAUAGUAGAACCAAGUGCCGACGGACAAGAUACGCAUAACCAUGGCUUGGACUCUGAUGAAAUCGACGCCUGUGGCGACUUUGUUUGCGAGUCGCCCCCGUUUUCAUGUUUCUCUGUUCCUUUUUCUUCCUCUUUUUAUUGUUCUUGGGGCUAAUUUGAGUCCCAAAGCAACCUGUACUUGCACUCUUUUCCUUCUUCCCACUGUGGAAAUAUUCCCCUUUUUUCAAACGUUUUUUUUUAACUUUGGUACAUGGUCGACGCACGGACAAAAAGGGGAGUUUUUGCUAGUUUCUUUUUUCAUCCUUUCUUCUUGGUUACCCUUUUUCCUUAUCUUGGUUGUUUGUCUGGGCUUGGAUAAUCCCCGACCCGUUGUGCAAAAUGGUAUAUGCUGCUUUCUUUCGUUUUGCCCUCGGUCUUGAACGUUGUCGAUGCUCCCUUUUUUGCUAUCUUGAGCUGUUUCUUCUUUCUCCUUUCUCUUUUCUUGGAUCCGGGGGUUUUAGUUCUUGUUUGCUCUCUUACGAAAUUUCAUUCAGCCUUGACUUGCUAAGGUGUAACACGAUACAACUUUUUCUUGACAUUGUGAUUGAUGAAUGAUGCUGUGUAUUAUUCUUUGUAAAGAGACUUGAUGAUGGCGCACAUGUCGCAUGUACGUGGUUUGUGUAUCUGAAGUGACUACCCAACUCCUUUUUAUCCCCGUGCCCAAAUAUUCAUGCCGUGAUAGUAAGUUUAGUCGCUCUCGUCGCCAUCAAGCGCCUCAUCUUCUUGAACGACCUUGUCUUCCUGUGCGUCUUGCGUCUCGUCUCCGCUGCCCUCGUCUGCCUCGUCCUCUUCGGGCGCUGCCUCCUCGUCCUCCUCGUCUUCAUUAUCUUCGUCGUCAUCAUCUUCGUCUUCUAUGUGUUCAUCGACCUCUGUGUCCUCGGCUUCCGCUGCUGCGCCGUUUACGCGGGCCUUUUUGGCGGGCGGCGUCUCGCCGCCACCACCGGCUACCGCAGAGAUGGUCGAUGUGUCGUGCAUUUCUGUGUCGUCUUCUUUUGUAGCUUUGACCUUUUGUCGGUAUGAUGUGCGCUUUUCCGUUUGAAUGGCGUUGAAUU